AUGAAACACCUAGCAAACGGGGUAGCUGCAGAUAUCCUUAACGAUUACACUCAGAUGGUCGCGGAAAAAAUAUACAUGUACAUUAAAAAUUUUAUGGAUGCACUACUUAGGGUUUUUAACGACCGCUACAUGAGGCAACCAACAACCGAAGAUACUAAGAGUCUAUUGGCUCAUAAUGAAGCUCGUGGUUUUCUUGGAAUGCUUGGAAGCCUCGAUUGCACCCAUUGGGAGUGGAGGUUAUGUCCUACUGAAGAAGCCGUUCCACACGAGGGACACAUUAAGAAACCAAAUCUUGUUUUACAGGCAGUGGCAUCAUACGAUAGAUGGUUCUGGCACUGUUAUUUUGGCGAGGCCGGGGCUAACAACGACUUGAAUGUGUUGGCGCAGUCGGGAUUAUUUGAUAGAGAGAUGGCCGCGUUAUCCCCUGCUUGA